AAAUAAAAAUUGAUUAAGGGGAUAUUCCUGUCACAUUUGUCAUGUAUUUCCAACUUAGUGAUAUGUGUACAUAUGUUACCAUGGUUACCAAGGGCCUCCAAACACAACUGGAGUAGAGAAGCGUUUUCACCGAUAUUGACCGAAAGAAAGUGGACCGAUCUCUUACGUCAGAGGAUCUCACUAGAAACUGCGAAAAUGUACAAAGUGGAUUUGCCUGUAGAUCAGUCCAAGGAAAAAGCUGUGGAGAGGCGGAGGGUUGCAGAAACAGCACGGAAGGCCCGCAUUUUCAACACCCGGCUUCGUGUUAUGGGCCUUGACCUAGAUGCACUAAACCAACAAGUCCAAGAGAAGAAGCAUCAGCAACACAUGGAGAAACAAAGGAGCAAAGCUCUGGAUAAAUUGAGAAUAUAUCAAGAUGAAGCACUGAUGCAGCAGGACAAUGAUAAAAUGGAGAAGCAAAGAGCUGUGAAUAUUGGCCUCACCCACUAUUGGGCUAAUCAUCAGCGGGUAGAGGACUCUCAUGAUGCCGAUCUCAAAUGUGGCCUGAAGGGGGCAUUCAAGAUCGCCAUUCCAGAGAGUGAGCUGGGGCCUGCCAGCAUGCAAAUCUUUAAGGGAGAGGGUGUCGGAGAGGAGCAGAUGAGGAAAGAACAAAUAAAAAAGACCGAACGAGAUCUGCGAUCACAGAUGGAUGAGAAUAAAAAAAGACACAUGCGAAAUGAGCACAGAGAGAUGCUUGCGAGCAAAGAGCUGGUGCAAAAAGACCUAAGAGGGCUUCAGCAAGCUGCACUCGAGGAGCAGUGUAAGAGAGCUACCCGCAUCGCGCAUGACAACUACAAUAAGGCUCUGGCUAGAGAGCAAGCAGAGAAACUGAACGAGCAGCACAAGAAAGAAGAACAGGAGGAUCUUGCAGAGAUGUGGCAUACAAUGACGUCUGAUAUGAUGACAGAGUGUGCAGAGGCAGCAGAGAGACAGGUGGGAGGAGGGAGGCCACCACAGGUUAUACCAGACAGGUGGAAGGGGAUGAGCCCUGAGCAGCUGAACAUCAUCCAGCAGGAGAGAGAACAACAACGUCUUGAGAGAGAGAAACAAAAAGAUGCUGAAAAGAUUCAGGAUGCAGCUUGGGACCUCAAGCUGCUGAAACUGACCAGAGAAGCCGAGAAGGAGGACAGGAGAGCAGCAGAGCUGAGGAGAGAGCAGAGAAUUCAGAUGGACCACUACAACAUGCAGCUGGCUCGAGAACAGCUGGCACAGCAGGAGUACCUGAAUAAGACACUGUACACCAACAAACCCACCAAGGACUUCUUUUAUCAAUUCAACACCAGCUCUCGCUGACUGCUAGGCACCUAACAUUAGUUUGUCCUCUUGUGGCAUUGGGCUAAAUAAUAUUCAUUAAUCAAUGAAUCAGUGUGAAUCGGAUCAGUGGUAAUCAUUGCUUAAGUGACAAUUAUUUCCUAUUACUAACAAAGAAACGUGACCCUCUUCUGGUAAAGAUUGUUCCACAUACUUUAUUUUUCAGUCAUAUAUCCAGUUACAGUGGUAGCUUCAUAAUGCAGUUACAAUAUUGGCCCCAUAAGUGGUACAAGAACCCCAACUCCAGUCAUCCACCCAUGACACAUGUAGGCAUCAUCAUAUUGUGCUAAUACUACACCCCACACUCUGCAAAGAGGCACAUCUCUCCCCAGCAGCGGCGCACACUCCCUACCUUUCCUUGCCUCCCCUGUUUUCUCUUGCUCCCACUUAAAAUAUCUGUUUUUAAGUCCUAGAGAAGCUUCUCUACACAAACCAAUUCAUUUUCA